GAACGAAGAGACAUUAUCGACAUUAUAAACUUGUUUAAAUCAACUGAACCUGAUGUGAUACCUAUUUUUGUUGCUCGUCAGCUCGAAAAGUUACCGCCGAUUUUGUUUGACCACCUGGACUGUACGAAACUAUUGAAGGACUUGCUUAAAGUACAAAACGAAUUGGAUUUCAUUAAAUCUAAUUACGUGACACAAGAUCAGUUAACUAACUGUAAAGAUGAACUGCUCCGAGACAUGAAGAACGAGUCGUUAUUGCCGAUUACUGCACGGAAUGUGAAUAUAAAUCGUGGUGCAUGGAUCUGUGACAGUGGCCCUAUGGGUCUUUCGCAUCUGGAUAAUAGUUCAUCCCUAAAUAAGUCAUUCGACAACAACGGUGGAAAUAACUCAGAUAAUUGCAACGGUUUGCUAGAAUACAGAGAAAUGGAGGUAAUCUGUAAACAACGCGAGUGUGAAUCAGCUGAGCUGCGUGAACGAUCGCCCGCGCUCGUGAGCGAUAAGCGGCCGAGCGGCUCCGACGGCUGCCGAACUACUGAUGUGACGUCACCGCGGCCAGGCAGUGAGCGAAAGCGAAAGCGAGUUGAACGCCACAGUGCGGUAACGGUCAGUGAAGCCACAGAUGUUACAAACGUAAACAGUUCUGAGAAUUGGCAGACGGUGUCUAAGCGUAAAAAGACUAACUACCGUUACCGUGGUACAGCGGGUAUAUCAAGGGAUAUGGAGGGCAAGUUCAAAGCAGCCGACAUACAAGUUCCCAUAUUUAUUACCAAGAUACAUAAAGACACUACUGAAAAAGAUAUACAGGAGUACAUAUACAGAAAAACGAAAGAAAUGAUAAAUCUGGAAAAAAUCUCCUUUAAACAGGAUCGAGAUCAUAGUGCGUACAAGUUUUUUGUAUCGGAGCAUAAGUUACCGGUGUUCCUAGAUAACAAAUUGUGGCCGCAGGGUAUCCUGUUCAGACGAUUCGUGAAUUUUAAGCGGAAAUAUGCGAAUGAUCGUAACUUUGUUUCGGCCUCUAAUAAUAAUUAUGAAAAAUAAGUAUGAUGCAAAUAAAAUGUAUAACUUGGCAAGUUUUAACUGUAAGAAUGUCAAACGUUCAGUGGAUGACGUAAGGCAACUGUGUCGGACAUCGCAAAUUAUCGCCCUACAAGAGCAUUGGUUGCUGCCGCAUGACAUCGAUUUCCUGAGCUGCAUUGAUGACGAGUUCGCCUACACUGGUAUUUCUGCAGUGGAUACGACGGCGGGCAUGCUGCGCGGGCGACCCUACGGAGGCGUUGCUCUAUUGUGGCAGAAAAGUGUGUUCCCAAACGUGUCGAUUGUGCCGUGUAAUAAUACAAGAAUAUGUGCAAUUAAAAUAAUGUUACAUCAAAAAUCGAUAUUAGUGAUGAGUGUAUACAUGCCAACAGACAGUGCUAAAAAUUUACUGGAGUUCACUGAGUGUCUUGGAACCUUAAACGCUAUUGUUGUCAGUGAAGGUAUUGAAUCUGUUUACAUGCUCGGCGAUUUUAAUGCGCACCCAGGUGAUAAUAGAGCCGGAGCCGCCUUCCGAAGAGCCCCGCUACAGGCUGGUGCCGCUACCGGACCUGACCUCCAAGUACUGCAAGGAGAUGGACGACAAAGAGGCAGAAAGGAAGCAGGCUGAGCUCGACAAGAUCGAAAGGGAGAAGCAGAGGAAGAUUGCGGAGCUAGAAGCCCCGCUUCCAGACCCCAUCGAUGGUUGGCGCACCCAUGCCUGGGUGCUAAUACUGCCUGGGCCCAUGGGAGUGGAAGCACCCUUCUUCAUCGAGCCCAGCGAGGGCAAAGCGCAUUCCCUGGACGCUCCGCAGUACCAGAACCUGGAAUCGGUGUAUAACCAUGAGAACUACUAUGUGAACCUGCAAAGCUGUGCCGACGGCCUCGGCGCGCUCAACUUCGACCUGAUGGACCUGACCUGCUGGGAGCACCUCAUCGCUGGAGAGCCCUUCCACCGCCGUCUAUUCGUGGGCAUCGACGUGGCUGACAAGCGAACCGCUGUGGAGACGGAGAAACAUCUGGACAUACCCGCCAGCUGGGUGGAGAAGCUGGACAUUAGCGCUGAUGAAUACGAGCAAAGAUACCCGGGCAGCUAUAAAGUGAUACGUUACAAGAAGGUGGUUUUGGAGAAGUUCGCACCGUACUCCGAGAGGGAUGGGAUUGUCAAGCGAGUCAAGAUUUUUGAUGAUUACGCGUACACUGUACCAUUAUUGACAUACGAAUGGUACAAAAACCGAGUCGACAAGAUGGAAACCGUUAAAAUAGACCACGUUGGCAGAGAAAUACGCGAAACUUUCGGAAUAGGCAGAAAGGAUCACCUCAUAAAACACGUGUACUCCAUCGAUGCCCCCAUCGUGUCAGUGGAAGGUGUCCGUACGCUGGAGUUCAACUACUACGCCCGGCUGGACCACCUGACCAAGCUGGUCUGCUCGCCGCUGACCUUCGACGAGCACUACACUAACAGAGAUGAUAGACUAGAAUCACGAAUAAUAACUUAUACCGAAGGGAACAAAGCAGAACCCAAACGGCAAGUGAAAGACGUGGUAGAGACUUACAGCAGGAACUACGCCAUGGAAUCCAAAGACGACGUCUGGAAGAAGAUAUUCCACAUCCAGGAAAACACCAUAGAACUGCUGUACCACUACGCGUACAACUUUGUGACGAAUAACACUAGGCACUUCAUAAAACCUAACUUGGCUGAGACUGGAGGACGGAUCUUGUUCUAUCCUGAUAAGACGUCUGGGUACAUUGCUGACCCCUGCGCCGCCUUACCCCGGCCUCUAAACGUAUACUACGCACUCUGCGACAACAUGACCUGGGAGUACAAGACGACCAAGCAUAUCCGCGACCGCGAGACCGACAUCAAUGGCUACCUACGGCAACGGCACAAGGAGCUGACGGAGCCGAUGCUGUAUGUGGCGCUGUUUGAUACCGAGAGAAACGAGGCGGCGAAGAAGGGAUGGAAGGAACAGGAAACCCAAAAAGCCGAAGUGACUGAACGAGAGAAGGAGGCCGAAAUAGAUCCUCUGGCACCGUACCUCGCUCGCAUGUUCGGAACUGGCCGCGGCACCGGCGCUCCGCUCACCGUCAAGGAGGCAACCCUGGUCAGGGAGCAGUGCAUCAACGACUUUAAGGCCAAACAGCUGGUUCGACAGAACUUGGUGCAGGAGAGGUUUGAUAAGCUCAAUUCGGAGUACAAGGCGAAGAGGCUGUGGUACCUAGCCAACCAGUUCAUACUUACGCCUGAAAAGGAGAGCGCCUACUUCGCGGCCAGUGCCGAACUGGCGUUCAGCGUCCACACGCUAGAGGUGCGGCUGACGAGGCACAAGGACCUGUCAGGCCCCAGGUUCAAGAUGCUGGAAGAGUAUCUGGACAAGCACCCGUUGCUGCGAGACUACAACCGCAUGAGGCACUAUUACAAGUACAAAUAAUUUGUAUUGAUAGACUGAUAUAAGCUGGCUUUUGUAAGGACGCCAGCACUUUUCAUCAAUCGAACCUAAAUGUUUAAAUUCUAUUGGGGAAAUUGAUCGUAUUUUGAACUUAGCUCUUGUAAGUACCUAUCCCAAAUUUUUUACUAAAAAUUCUAGUACGUUAUUUAAUUAUGUAAUCACACAUAAAAUAAUAUGCUUUAUAAUUGUGUAUUUUGUUAAAACGUGCAAUAUGAUGAGAACAUUUUAGAGGUUUAAUAAUAUUGUUAUUCUACAUUUUAUGCU